UCUGUGGUCUGAUUGCUCUUAGUUUUGUAUAUAAUUAUAUUUGUCACCGAUAAUCCUCCAAUUGGCAUCAGGGGGUGCUCGAACAUGAUGUAAAACAGGUGCACUUGAAUUGUAGGGAAGAAGAUCGUACAUAUAUGAAUAGGCUGUUUGCACUCGUUUUUUCUUCAUUUAUUCUCUAGGUACAGGUGGGUGAUUGAGAUGAUGAUCUAGAAUUGUGGAGGUACAGUGAAGAUGGCGAACGGAAUCGAAUCCACAAUUCCUCUACAAGCAGUUGAUAUACGAUCGACAUCUAGUGACAGUUUACCACCUUCAUUUGAUGAAAACAUAGCUGAGGACAAUGUGGCGAAAAACAGUAUCAACUCAUGGAAUACACAGCAGUUCCAAAUAAACGAAAUUAUUUCGCGACCUAAGAAGUGUGCUGUAUGUCAUAAGACGGCCAGGUACUCUUGCCCGAGAUGCUCGUUACGCACAUGUUCACUUGGAUGUGUGAAAACGCACAAGAAGCAGACGGGCUGCGACGGAGUUCGAGAUCGAGCUGGGUUUAUCCCUAUGAGCAGAUUUACGGAUCUCGAUCUUCUUUCUGAUUACAGGUUUCUGGAGGAGUCGGCUCGCAUGGUUGAUAGCGCGGUACGCAAUAAUAUAGUAAAACCUCAUCGGCGCGAAACUCUUCCCACAAACUUGAUGAAUAUACAGAAAUUUGCGUGGAGACGUUCUAAGAUAUCUCUACAAUUCUUGCCGCAGAUGUUCAAACGUCGCAGGUUAAAUCGAAUAUCUAUCAAAAAGUCGCAUAUACAUUGGACGGUUGAAUUGCAAGUACCCCAGGGUCAGCUAAUAGUGCUCAAGCACGAUAUACCUUCAUCCACGAUGGUCAAAGAAAUCGUUGUCCAAUUCCUUGCAAGUUUAGCGACUCACGAGCAAGAAAAGGCUGCUGCACUUCUUAAUGCUUCGAUCGGAGAAAUCUGUGUGCUGAUGAAGGCCGUCGGUAGACCCGCGAAUUAUGAGCGCUAUUUCGAAUUCGACCUUGAUUUGUCACUGGUGGAAAACCUUCGUGGAAAAAUGCUCGUUGAGUUUCCCACUCUGAUUAUCAUUACCACGGAGCAUCGAGGAGCAUUUGAUAUUGAGGAAACGAUAUCGACGGAUCAGGUUGAACCGACGGAACUACCAUCAUUUUUCCGAGAAAUCGAUGGGUCUGAUAAUGAUGAAAACGAACAAACAGAACAGUCACAUAAUAAUAAUAAUAAUAAUACUUGGUGAAAGAAAAGGCAAGGUCUAAAAAACUAAUCAAAAAAAAUCGCAAUUUAUUUUUCGCACUUACUUAAUUUUUGAGCAAACUGAGCAUGUGCUCAGGGUGAAGUUUGUAAAGUAACUGACGUUGUAUGCAAAGUGUAUGCGGAUAACACACAGUAGCCACUUAGAAAGUUGCUACGUUGAAGCAUGGUUGUUAUUGUUAUGACCAAGAACAAAGUACGCAUGUAGAGCAACGAGAAUAACUCAAUUACUCAAUAACUGUAUGCUAUAACCGAAUGUUGCGAGUUGCUGUAAAUUGCAUAGAAAUAAUACGACUCAGUUUACGAAGCAUAAAGAACAGGUAUUGAUAUUAAAUGUAUUGACAACUUUAGCAACACAACAAUAAAGUAUUUUAUCAUACGAACGUGUGUCAGUAGGACAUUCGACUUGUUCCAGCAUUCAUUUGAAAUCUGUGUUACAUAAAUGACUAAAAGCAGCUUAGAAGUUUACUGGUACCAGUCAGUCCAGGACAUUUUUCUCAGCUUAUUUCAAGAUGUCACUAAUGAAUGGUCAAAUUUAACUUUUCAUGGUAGAGUUAUUUAUUUGGGUAUUUUUCAUGUAUCCUUUUGACAAUAGACAGGCUCCUUGGCAAACGGAGGAAGCAAUCAUGGAGACGAACUAUCAUCCAUAGAAUUAUUUCUAGAUUUCUGCCUUUUCUUUUGAAUGCUCUUAAUUCAGGCAGUAUUUAAUGGACCUGAAAAAUUCCGAUAGAUUCAGGUUCGAUUGAACAAGACCUGGGGCAUAAUACAAGCGGAAACAUUUUUUGCGCAACUCGCACCAAAUUUUUGCCGUGUUUUGUUUUACUAGAGCCAUUAUGUUGUAUUUUUUCUCAUCAAGCCUAACGUGCUUAUUGCAUUCGCACUUCGUAUCAAUCUAUUUACAAGGUAUACUUCAGAAGUUUAUAGUAGAGUGCUCCAUUAGAUGCCACCAAGCGCUCCAUCUUUCCGAUGUAGAGAGUUGAAUCCAGCCAAUCGUUUUUGUGCUGAAAAUUGUCCUAAAGCUAUCCUUUGUUUAAAAUAGUCUGCUUCUAAAACAAUACUUUAUAUUGCUGAAAGAUCUCCUUGAUCAAAUAGGAGGGUCAAUUAAGCUAGUCUCAGUAAUCCUAUAUGCGGCCACUAACGCGCUAUAUUUCUCGUUACUUCUUGCCUAUUUCAUCUGGUUUCCAUUAUUGGGGUUUCUCAUCUCUGUCAAAAGUUUCGCCCAGGAUCUCUCCGGGCUAUGUAAGAUAGAGCUUUUGUCAGCGUGGGCGAUUCAAUCCGAAAGCAGAAUUGGAUAUGCAGUUUUUCGAUUCCAUGAUUUAAUUGUACAGAUAACUGCUACUAACGAAGAGAAUGAUCGUUUGAGAUCGAUAGGAUGAACAGAAAUGUUUUAGAGCCAGGUUUUAAAUAUAAAAAAUGUGCUCAGCUCAACAAUUGCCGGUAUUACUCUUAGCCUACCUAAUAUAUGAAAAAAAAAACAUCGCUGAAGCAUUUUUUUUAAACUAGAUUAAUAUAAGGCUAACCUAUACACCUUGCAGAAGCUUGUGGUUUCAAUCCAAGGUCGUAACAUUUUUUUGUGUUAAGCAGAAAACUAUUAUUUACUGUUUUGACGGCGGUUUAUCUAUUUUAACUGGUGUCAAUUUAUUCUUCAUUUCACAUGGUUGUAAAUUGCUUUCUUGCCCAGUUACCCAAAACAUGAUGAACUCAUGGAAACGUUUCUAUUGCUUAUUUUUGCAGCUGUUCAUGUACCGCAUAUCACCCAGUGGUCUUUAGCUUUGCGGUUAGACACUUGAGAUAAACGCGCCUUAUGAACGACCACGAGAACACAUAUCUUCUGUAUAUCUUAUUCGGUAAUUUUUUGUUCGUAUAUAGCGGUCUAGCUUUUUGUAAGUGGCCAUGCCUUCUAAUCGAUUUGUCCAGAAUAACUUCCCACCUGUUUAUUUAUAAAAUCGAUUCAAAUCGUCAUAUGCUGUUUGACUAAUCUGGUUGAUUGAUCCCUUGCUACAUUAGUAGUCUCAACCGACGGGGCCUGUUUAUACUGCGAUACCUCGGAAACGUUGACACAUUAACUUAAGCAUGCGCUUGCAGAAAAACGCGUACCUGCUAUUGCGGAAAUUUCCAGCUUUGUGUUCUCAUUGACAAAUGUAAUGUUUUUUAGUUUAUGAUCUCGCCUAGUAGGCCCUUGUGUAGUUUUUCUUAUUUAUUUCACGUGAAUCGGAAUUUUCGGAUUGAAGUUCAGACACGCGGGCUGUGUAAAUGCAAUCGCAGUUACAAAUUAGAUGCUCUACAUACAGGAAGAACCAUGUAUGCUUUUUUUUGGGGUUACAUACAUACCCCAUCGGAAAUAAGGCUUACUUUGUACUUUUCUGUGCAUAUCUGAUAGAGUCAAACUCCGGUUUAGUUUCUGAAAUCUGCACUAUGGAGGAAAACGUUUAGUGGCACUCAUUGGGUUUUAGCCACCCCCUCAGCUGUAGCAGCUAGGAAAGAUAUAUAAAGACCUUCUUAAAUCCCUCUAGUACAAACAUUUCACAUUUAGCAUAUACAUUAUGUUAAAAAGAAAUUAAAAUUGAUAGUUUAAUUAAAUACUUUUCACUAUUGACUGCUUUUGGUCAUGUGUAAAUUGUAUAGGAAUCUAUCUUUUUGUUUUUAGUUUUUUAAAGAGACCAGGAAUUUCUUUUUUUUAAGCAAUUAUUGGGCAGAUUUUCGUUUGAUUUAUUUUGAACUUGUUCCGUGUUGACUGUCUAGAUCUCGAAAAAUAUAAAGACUCUCUACAUUAAAAUGCCCAGAAAACUAUUAAAAGGUAUCGAUGCAAUUUUAACGAAACUUGAAACCAUUUACGGACCUUUAUUUGAAGCAAACAUACCUACUGCUGAGAAAUUAGACGGAAAAAGAAGCAUAAAUAAAUACAGAUAAAUACUAUCGAUUGCCAUAAGCAAAAAAGCGUGCGUCGUGUAAAAAAUGUAAUGAAAGCUCUUUUCGGACAGCUCGAGCUGUUAGUUGAGCUAUUUGGGUUGUUUUACAAUGGGACCAGCUUACAUUUUUUACGCAGAAUUAGCGAUAGAGGGAAGUGGAUAUUAGUUCACUUUCACUUAACUGUUUCCUUUUCCAUUCCACCAGAAGUCGCUCGAAGCACAAACACGUACGGAUUACGGAUCUGCUGUAAAAUUGUUCGAAAAACUUAGUUUUACUGCGCUUCUGGCCCCUAUGUUAUGGCUUAGUAAUUAUUGCUUUCUUGAUUUGGAAAAAUGUAAUUAACUAGUUUUAUUUUUUAUUAUUGCAUUAUACUCCAUACAUCUUCUUCCGCUGUAGUCAAGUGCUUCUUCAUAGGAUGCCCUAUCUUCAGUUAGACGUGAUAAAUAAAAUUUAAUCCGUGCAGAUA